AUGGGAUCCGCGUUAAGUGUACCAAGUGCCCCAGGCGGCGAGGCGAACGCCGCGAACGAUAACGGAGCUGGAAAUGAAAAUGCCAGGACCCCAUUUUUCCAGAAACUUAUCUCCAUAAUUGUGCAAAUGCUAAUUAUGCACAUGGUGAUGUAUUUCAUAACUGGAGGAAAAAACAAGACAGGAUCAAAACAUGGAAAUAAAAUAGAAGGCAAUAAUUUAACACUAAGCAAUAGCCUAGAACAUGGAGAUAUAUUUGAUCUCUACCUAUUUCUGAGUGACAACCAUUCAGUCGAUUAUGAAUACAUUAAAAAAAAAAGUAAAAUGAUACAAGUGAGGGAAAAGGAAUUAUACACAUAUAAAAAGUUCAGCAAAUAUGAACCCAGUAAAUUUAGCUUCUAUUUAAAUGAUUCUUGGAAGGGAGAAAAAUAUCUCAGCGUCAUUAUGAUCCCACUGCACUUUUAUAAAAAUCGUAAUGGAUCAGAUUUACUGAGUAGCACAAUAAAGAACGAGCUGAAGAAACAACUCCUAAUCGAAAACAUCCCGCUGACGGUGAAAAUGAAGCCUUUCGAAUCGGAAGAAAAUGAGAAAUAUAACUUGAUGGAUGGAAGUUUUCAAAAUAAGAAAAAAAGAAUUAAAGAGGAAAAAGAAAAGAAAGGUGAAAAGGAAAAAAAAGAAGAAUUUUAUCACAUAAAAAAGAGAAUAGAUAUUAACAUUAUUUAUGAUGAAGCAAAACAUCGAGUUAGCGAAUUUAAUAUGCCUCAUUUGAAAAGAUGGAAAAUUAAUGUACACAAUAGUACGUACACUCCUCCAAUAUUUUUAUCCGAUUUCUGGUUGAUAGAAAAUGAUUACUAUGUAUUAGACAGAACCUUUUUAAAAGAUAAGGACAAAAGGAUAAGUUACAUCUCCGUGUAUGAUCCAUAUAGGAUAAGAAAGAGUGAGAAAGAUAUUCAUUCCCAUGUGAUAGAAAAAAAUGCAGACGAAAAUAAGUUAAUACAUAUUGAAAUCAAUUAUGGCACCUGCAGUUUUAUGUAUUAUAUGUUCAUAAAGCAAAUGGAUACAUCUAUACAGAUGAUGGAUAAAAAUGACCAAUCCUUUUCAUUUCAAAAUUUGACGAAUGCAACAGCUACAAAAGAAAUUAACAUGAUGAAAAAAAUUAUAAUGACUACAAAUAUUUACAUGUUAAUUUUCUCUGCUCUCUUUAUUUUACUCCAUUCCAUAUUCUCUUUUUUCGCCUUCAAAAAUGAUAUGCAAUUUUGGUAUCAAAAUGAGUCCAUGGAGGGAUUAUCAGCUCUUAGCGUUAUAACAACUUUUGUGUGUGACAUUAUAUUAGCCUUAUAUUUAUAUGAUUCUGAGAGUACAUCCUGGUUACUUCUAUUCGAGAUGUUUGUUGGCGUGGCGCUCUCUGCGUGGAAAGUUACCAAGGCUGUUCAUGUAUCUUUCAGUAAAUCCUAUCCCUAUAUUUUAUUAAAGGACAAGAAAAAUUACACAGAAUCCAUGACGAAGAAGUAUGAUAAAGUUGCGGUGAAAUAUGUAGGCAUUGUUCUCAUCCCUUGUUUUAUUGGAUAUGCUAUUUACUCUCUAUUCUACUACAAGUACAAAUCUUGGUACUCCUACAUCAUCUCUGUGCUUGCUGGAACCGUUUAUACCUUUGGUUUCAUUAUGAUGACUCCACAACUGUACAUAAAUUAUAAGUUAAAAUCUGUUGAGCACCUACCAUGGAAAGCUCUGAUUUACAAGUCGCUAAACACCUUCAUCGAUGACAUUGCCUUUUUCCUAAUUGACAUGCCAUGGAUGCAUAAGCUUUCCUGCUUUCGAGACGAUGUUAUAUUUUUGUGCUACAUAUACCAGAGGUGCAUAUAUAAAGUGGACAAGAAUCGGAACGAGCAGUUAGCCCAGGGGCAAAACCAAGUGGUGGCUCAGUCUGGGCCCGGAGACAAGAAGAACGACUAG